GUUAGUAAAUUGUAUUGUUGAAAUGAAAAACGAAGCAAAUAUAAAAGGUGAUGAUGGAUCUUGUCUAACAUCAAGCAGCAUUUCAACUUGCGAAGAAGCGUGUGAGCAAGUAUUAUGACAGAAAGUAAUGCAGAAGAAGAUAGGUCCAAAAUCCACCUGAAUUGGUCACCUGAAGCUCCUGCUGGACUUAACUUCACAAAUGUUUUACCUGAUAAUUUUGGGUCUGGUUAUCAAGCAUUACCAAGUGAAAAUGAGCAAAGAGAACUUAAGACAAAGUUGAAAUCAUCUAGGUUAACAACCAGGAGACAUUCAAAGGUGCUUCGUACCUGUGCUGGACUUAAUUUCCUUGGUGAGAAGAGGUUUCGAGAAGCGGCCAACAGUGGCAAUUUUGAGAUGGUGGAAAGACUUAUAGGAGAGGGGGUUAAAGUAUCUUGUGCUGACACAAAGAAACGUACAGCUCUCCAUUUUGCUGCCUCUAAAGGAGAUGUGGCAAUUGUACAGGUUUUAUUAAGUCAUGGAGCAAACCCUAACUUGCAAGAUAUUAAUGGGAAUACACCUUUGCAUUUAGCUGCAUGUGCUAGUCAUAUAAAGAUUGUGACUAUUUUAGCUGAACAUGGUGCAAAUGUCAAUGCGCUUGAUGAAUGUGGUCGAUCUCCUCUGCAGUUGGCAUUUGCAAGAUUACGUUUGAUUGAAGAAGAUGAAAUUGCUCAUUCAACAGCAAAAGCUUUCAAAGCUGUUGUUAUGGAAGUGGUGAAGCUGUUACAGAUAUAUCUCUCAAAAGUAGGACAUGUAAUGAAUGAGCAGGAAAACUUGGAUGAUAUCUUUGAUAGACUUGAGAAAACUACCUCAAUCAAGCAGGUGGAUGAAAUUCAUGAAUUACUCUCCAGUUUUACAUCGCUCAGUUUAUCACGACGUGGUCUGAAUACAUAGCUGUGAAAAAUAAUGUGGUUGCUAUGGUGUCAAUGGUGCAGAGUCUUAUUUAGAUAGAACCUGUUUUCUUAACAGACGAUAUCUGCAAAGGCUAUGGUAUUCAUUCGAAGGUGUCAAGUUGUCAAGAUCUCGUACGUAGAUGAUUAAAAAAGGCUUGACACCCUUCUUCAACGCUACACUUCUGGCUGUAUACUGAGGAAAAAUCAAACAAACAAGAGCUAUAUGGCUCCGCAUAAAAGAACACUGAUCGUGUAUAUUUUGCUACAUUGUAGAGCGCUUGCUAAGGGUUUUAGUUAAAGAAAAGGUAUUAAAGAGAUAUAUGAAUGGUGAUGAUCAGAGUAUUUAUGAUACCAACUAUGCCAAAUACACAAAACGUGAUGCGGUUAAUACUAGUUCCAAAAAUAACCUUUCAUCUAAUCCUUACUCCUGUAACAGAAAAUUUAUCUUGUUGAUAGAUUUGCUAAGUUACGGUGAUACUAAAAAUAGAUCAUCUACAUCGGUUACAAGUCAAAUGUUAUAAUUCUUUUUCUUUCAUACCAAAAGCCUACGAAAACCGUUAAAACUCGACCCUCAAUCAUCCUGUUUGCAACCUAGCUCUUUCAGCCCUUGCAAACUAGAAUAAAUUCUUUCUCCAGUCAGGGGCAAACUGACACCUUAAGAUCAAACUAAUACAUGUGAUCUAACGAAGUAACGGUUCCGAUAUUAAUGCGGCCUUUAAGAUAAAAAAGAACUCAAAGAUGACAUUGCAUGUACGUAGAGGAACAAAAAUAU